GACAUGGGCAGAUAUGUGGGUCGUCCAUGAGCAGCAACCAGCCCACCUUGGCUAUGUAUAAAUUAAUCUACCAGCAGAAUAUAUCCCUUAAAUACACAUUCAUGGAUUCUUCAAGACUUCCAAACUGAAAUGCUGCAGACCAAAUAAAUAGAAUGAGAUUCUUUUCUUACAUCAUUUUUGCCAGAUUCUUUAAUCUCUCUCUCUCCCUUGCAAUGGUCAUUCUCUGCCACCAGACAAGCAUCUCUUCAAUGGUGGAAGAAUACGAUUUUACAUGCAAAAAAAAAGGGAUAUAUUCGCAUGCAAAAUUUUCAACAAAAUAAAGGAAUAAAUAGCUAAAGAGCAGAAGGAAACCUCUUAACACAAUGAGCUGCCAAUAUUUUAGCAAUGAGAACUGAAAAUUUUGCAACUAUCAGCAGCCUGAAAUUACCAUGAGUAGGAGCUACAACAAUUUCAACCCACCCCCAACAGGGGAUCGGAGAACUGGACGUGAAUAUGGUUUCCAUGCUCCUAACAACCCUGACUGGAGUUACCCCUCAUCAUUUCCAAUGCUUCCUAGGCUCCCUCCUCCCCAGGUCUCUCCGGAUGGAAGCAGAGGUGUUCCUUAUGAUCCAUGGCCACCAGCAGAGGAUACACUGAUCCCUUUCCGUUUACUUGGUUUUCCUAUGCAAGAACAUUCGCUUAGGCCAUUUCUUCUCCUCAACAAUGGCCUUGGAAGGGAGUCUCCUCCAGGACUAAUGGAGCAAAGGUAUUCUCAAGGGUCUAGUUCCACACAAGCAGACUCCCGAUUGACCCAAGAUGAGCAAAUGAAAGCAUUAAAGAAGUUGAAGAAAGAAAUCUAUAAUCCUGUCCCCAAGAGAAUUUCGAGCAGACUGUGCUUGUAUUACAGAGAUGAAGCUGCAAAGAUUCUGAACGAGAGGGAAAGGGAGAAAGAAGAGGAUGGAAAGAGGUGUGCAGUUUGCUUGGAAGAUUUUGAGCCUAAAGAGAUGGUGAUGGUAACCCCAUGCAACCAUAUGUUUCAUGAGGAAUGUAUUGUGCCAUGGGUGAAAAGCCAUGGGCAGUGCCCAGUUUGCAGAUUUACACUCUGUGACCCAAUUAGAGGAAGCACUGCAGGACCCUCAAACAACAACAACAACAUCCCUAUUUUACCACCCAAUAAUCUAUCUCCAGUGGAUCUGAUUUCAAUCUUAAGAUCAAUGGGAAUCAUGUAAUUAAAUGUCCCUUGACAGUAUUUCUCAAGCUUUGCUUUUCUUCUUUGUAUGGCAAUUCCACAUGGAUCCAGAAGUCCAAGAAAGAUAAUGAAAAAUAAAAAGGAAAUGACAUGUACAUAGAAGAUUAAUCCAGAA